GCCCCUCCGCGCCCCCCCCGCUCCCGCCGGCCCGGCCCGCGCGGCGCCCCCGGAGCCGGGGCUGCGGAACAGCGGGAAGGAGGCGGCGGCUGCCCCGAUUUGUUUGUAAAUGCAUCAUAAACAGACAGCCCAGAAUGAAGAAAGCAAGCAGGAGUGUUGGCUCAGUGCCCAAAGUGCCUGGAGUAAAUAAAGCUCAAACAAGUGAAAAAGCCAAACCAGAAAACGGCUCCUCAGUGUCUGCAGUCACAAAACUCUCCAAAACUGGGACAUCAGCAUCUCUUUUGAAGACUAAGAGUAACGAUGACCUCUUAGCAGGGAUGGCUGGUGGUGGUGGAGUGACCAUGACCAACGGUGUCAAGGCCAAGAAGAACUCUUGUGUAUCAUCAACAGCACCUUCAGCUCCAGGGACAGCCAUGAGCACUCUAGAAAACAAACCCAAAACCAUUGCAGGUACAAGUUCCACAGCUAAACGUAGCACUUCCUCUGGAAACAAAGAGUCCAGCUCCUCCAGGGAGAGGAUCCGGGAGCGCUCCCGGCUGAGCCAGAGCAAGAAGCUGCCCCUGGCAGGGCAGGGCCCCGGCGACGCCGGGCUGGCCAAGCGCUCCCGCGGCCGCGCCAACCCCGACUGCGACGUCCGCAUGAGCAAGUCCAAGUCAGACAAUCAGAUCAGCGACAGAGCUGCGCUGGAAGCGAAGGUGAACGAUCUGCUGACGUUAGCAAAAACUAAAGAUGUGGAGAUCUUGCAUCUGAGAAAUGAAUUGAGGGACAUGCGUGCUCAGCUGGGACUCAACGAAGAUCAUCUUGAGGGGGAUGAGAAAUCCGAAGAGAAAGAAGCCAUUGUUGUCCAUCAGCCAACUGAUGUAGAGUCUACGCUGCUCCAGUUACAGGAACAAAACACUGCCAUCAGAGAAGAGCUCAACCAGCUGAAGAAUGAGAAUCGAAUGCUAAAAGACAGACUAAAUGCUUUGGGCUUUUCUUUGGAACAAAGGCUGGACAACUCUGAAAAGCUCUUUGGCUAUCAGUCUUUGAGUCCAGAGAUUACAGCUGGCAACCACAGCGAUGGUGGGGGCACUCUGACAUCUUCAGUGGAAGGUUCUGCUCCUGGAUCGAUGGAAGACUUGUUAAGUCAGGAUGAAAACACUCUCAUGGAUAACCAACACAGUAAUUCCAUGGAUAAUUUAGACAGUGAGUGCAGUGAAGUUUAUCAGCCACUGACAUCAAGCGAUGAUGCCUUAGAUGCUCCAUCAUCCUCAGAAUCUGAAGGAGUACCAAGCAUAGAAAGGUCUAGGAAGGGAAGCAGUGGCAAUGCAAGUGAGGUGUCCGUAGCCUGUCUGACAGAACGGAUACAUCAGAUGGAGGAGAACCAACACAGUACAGCUGAGGAGCUCCAGGCCACGCUUCAAGAGCUUGCAGAUCUGCAACAAAUAACACAAGAGCUGAACAGCGAGAAUGAAAGACUUGGCGAGGAGAAGGUAAUCCUGAUGGAGUCUUUGUGCCAGCAGAGUGACAAGCUGGAGCACUUCAGCCGUCAGAUCGAGUAUUUCCGCUCCCUCCUGGACGAGCACCACAUCUCCUACGUGAUUGACGAGGACAUGAAGAGCGGGCGCUACAUGGAGCUGGAGCAGCGCUACAUGGAGCUGGCGGAGAACGCGCGCUUCGAGCGGGAGCAGCUGCUGGGCGUUCAGCAGCACCUCAGCAACACGCUGAAAAUGGCAGAGCAAGACAACAAGGAGGCCCAAGAGAUGAUAGGGGCGUUGAAAGAGAGGAAUCACCACAUGGAACGGAUCAUCGAGUCAGAGCAGAAAAGCAAAACGGCUCUGGCAUCCACCUUGGAGGAGUACAAAGCCACAGUAGCCAGUGACCAGAUUGAGAUGAACAGGCUGAAAGCUCAGCUGGAGCACGAAAAGCAGAGAGUGGCCGAGCUGUAUUCCAUACACAACUCUGGAGAUAAAUCAGAUAUACAAGACCUGCUGGAGAGUGUCAGGCUGGAUAAGGAGAAAGCAGAGAGCUUGGCCAGUGGUCUGCAGGAGGAGCUGGCACACACCCGCAACGAUGCCAAUCGACUGCAAGAUGCCAUUGCUAAGGUGGAAGAUGAAUACAGAGUGUUCCAAGAAGAAGCCAAGAAACAAAUUGAGGAUCUCAAUGUGACUCUAGAAAAGCUUCGGACAGAGCUGGAUGAAAAGGAGACUGAGAGGAGUGACAUGAAGGAAACCAUCUUUGAGCUGGAGGAUGAAGUGGAGCAGCACCGUGCUGUGAAGCUGCAUGACAAUCUCAUCAUAUCUGAUUUGGAGAAUACAGUUAAAAAACUUCAGGAUCAAAAGCAUGACAUGGAAAGAGAGAUCAAGAAUCUUCACAGGAGACUCCGGGAGGAGUCGGCAGAGUGGCGGCAGUUCCAGGCAGACCUGCAGACUGCAGUGGUCAUUGCCAACGACAUCAAGUCGGAGGCGCAGGAGGAGAUCGGGGACCUGAAGCGCCGAUUGCACGAGGCGCAGGAGAAGAACGAGAAACUCAGCAAGGAGCUGGAGGAGAUCAAGUCUCGCAAGCAGGAAGAAGAGCGUGGCCGGGUGUACAAUUACAUGAACGCGGUGGAGAGGGACCUGGCAGCUCUGAGACAAGGCAUGGGCCUGAGCCGCCGAUCCUCCACCUCCUCGGAGCCCACGCCCACUGUGAAAACGCUCAUCAAGUCCUUCGACAGCGCCUCCUCCCAAGAGGCAUUCCAUAAGUGGGCCAAUCUCAGCUUCAAAACCCCUUGCUACACUGACAGACAAAAGACCAAGCUAUGCAGAAAUUCCUGUUCAAGAGCAUUUGCUGAGAACAUCCUCCACCAGCCGCCCGGCGUCUCUGCCCAGGGUCCCUGCCAUGGAAAGUGCCAAAUCCAUUUCAGUGUCUCGAAGAAGCAGUGAGGAAAUCAAGAGGGACAUCAGUGCCCCUGAUGGAGCAUCCCCAGCAUCUCUCAUGGCAAUGGGCACCACCUCCCCACAGCUGUCCCUCUCAUCUUCUCCUACAGCAUCUGUCACCCCUACAACCAGAAGCAGAAUAAGGGAAGAGAGGAAAGAUCCCUUGUCUGCCCUGGCAAGAGAAUAUGGAGGCUCCAAGAGGAACGCCCUGCUGAAGUGGUGCCAGAAGAAAACAGAGGGCUACCAGAAUAUUGACAUCACAAACUUCAGCAGCAGCUGGAAUGAUGGCCUGGCUUUCUGUGCAGUUCUCCACACUUACCUCCCUGCCCAUAUUCCCUAUCAAGAGCUGAACAGCCAGGACAAGAGAAGAAAUUUCACUUUGGCUUUUCAGGCAGCUGAAAGUGUUGGCAUCAAAUCUACUCUGGACAUCAAUGAAAUGGUGCGAACGGAGCGUCCCGACUGGCAGAAUGUCAUGCUGUAUGUUACAGCAAUUUACAAAUACUUUGAAACCUGAACCCCAAUCGUUCAGCACAUCCAUGGGAUACAAGCAACGUGAGCUACCAGAUGGAAAUCUUACUGAAAUGCUAAUCCCCAUUUCACUCAAAACUGGCAACAUUUGAGUCCCCUCAAACUUCAGUGACACUAUCAUGGAUUGCUUCAGCUACUAAGCAUGGGAACAACUGUUUAUAAGUAAGAACUUGUUGCCACAGUGCUUGGAAUAACCCAAGUUAUUAAGCUAUUCAGAUUAAUUAUGUAGCCUAAAGAGCCUGAACUACUUCUGUGCUGCCUUUCCAGUCAGACUUCCUGAAACUUUCUUUGCUGGGAGAGAGAUGAAUGCUUCCUCUGGCAUAUAGGAGACUGAAUGUACAGAUAAAGCUUUGAGAAGGAAAAGGAUAACAUGGCAUCAUAUCACUGAACUUUCUGUAGCAUCCUGAUUUCACAGACUCUGAAUAUUCUACCCACAGCAUAUGGGCAGCCCCAUACAGUAGAGUUCUUAAUGGUAACUUAGUUAGUGCCUAUACAGCUAUUUUCCAUCCUUUAAAAUGUGCACAAUAUUCUAGGAAAACAAGCUUUGAUUCCAUAAUGACAAAUUGAGGGGAAAAGUGCUCUUGAUACCUCGAAAAAUCUGGCACAGAAGAAGUCUUCAUCCUAAAGCUUCAUUAUAAGCCUACCUCUGUCACAGUGAUGUGGCUUUCAUCUUUAUCUUAUGGAUUGUAGAGACUAGCACAUGCAGCUCCUGGCUUUCAGGGUACACUACAAGGAAUCUGUGCAAAGUCCCUGUGCUUCCACUCUAACAGCAAUGAAUCAAUGAUCACCCCCUGUCUGGCUUGUUCCUUGCUCUCUCCCUGCUCUGCCUGUGCUGCUUUCCCCUGCAGCAAUACGAGCACAGAUCAUGGAUGGCUGUGCUGGAACUGUGCAACUGGGACAGCAUUUCCUCUGCAGAGAAGAUACUCUCCAUAAGGUGUAAUAAUGAAGUAGUUUGUCUCAAAAUCCAACUUUGCCAUGUUUCCUGUGUGUUUUUCCUUGGUCUUGCACAUGCUCAUCUGAGUGACAGGAGGUGAGAUGUUCUCUGGGAAGGACUGUGGAGGAACUGAUGUAAUGUGUGUCCACCCAGCCGUCUCAAAUACUGCGUGGAAAUGACUCACUGUCACAAGGAAGGAAUUGAGAAACUUUAGUCUGCUCAACUUCUUUUUCUUUCUGAAAAUGUACCUGCAUUCAUUUAGCAGCUCUUGGGCAAAAGAGUUUAAGUGCCUUAGCUAUCAUAGAGUUGAUAGGUGCUGGCACUUGAGGGCCUGCUGUGGAAUGUUCGUGGCUCCCUUUGUCACGAGCUGUUUGUUGUAAUCUUGUUUGUCAAGUCCAGGGGAGACUUCACUCUGUCAUUGCUUCUGCCUCUUGCUUUUCUGAGCACUUACCAGCAGUUCAGCCAUGGAACAUCUCAUUAAUAUUAAGCAGAAGCCAACGUGAGCAGUGAGUUCUGUAACAGCUGCUAUUUAUAAGCACAGGCUCUUUCAGCAGUAACCCCAUUGUAAAGAAAAUAAAUCUGUUCUAUGGUGCUCUUACGACUGUUAAGGACAGUUUGAAUGUCAUAGAUGUUAACCCAGUGAAUGCAACUGUGCUUGCAUCUGUAAAACUUCUUCAUGGUAAAAAAGCACAGAUUUAACUCAAAAGUAUUGCCAAAUCCAAAACCCCAUCAUCUGAAGAACAUAGCCCAUGUGAAGAGUAAUAAUUCAGCAUGUCUCUAGCAUUGUAUAACAGUACACACUUACACUGAUAUGUGCCUGUGAGAAUUAUGGAACUUUGCAAAAUAGCUAUUUAAGCUGUGCUGAGGGCCUUUGGAGAAGUUUGCAGAGCAGUGGUGUCUCAAACAUUCUUGCAGCUCUUUAGAACUAGAAGUAGAGACCCUCAGAUUAUUAACUGGUGCAUUUGAAGAGCCAGCAUAAUCUAAAGACAAUUGUUACAAGCGAGGUUUCAAGUGAAAGAUCUUCAUUAAUAGAUUUUAAUAAAAGUCUGAAAUGCAUUUUCCUCUCCUCUAUAUUUCUUCAAUUUUUUUUUUACUUCAUUAGUUUCAAUAAGAAUAGUCUUAGUGGAAAUACACAUUAGUGCUGUCUUGCUUUCUAUCUCCUGUUAUUGAAUUCCACAUUUUGCCAAUCAGUGUUUUAAAUCCCUUCUGUUUAUCCUCUGAACUGAUAUCCUUAUCUAUGAUUGUCUUAUUCAUUGCCUUAGAGUUAAAAAAUAAUAUUUUUCUAAUGAAAAGGAUAGCAUUUCUUGAUCUAAAUUCACUCAUCACCCGUUUUGGUGAGGUAGUUCAAGCUUUGAGCUGAUUUUUUUUCUGUGCAAUGGUCACCUUCAUUUACCUGGAAUGUUAUCAGUCCUUAACUGCAAUAACCCAGAGAGUGUCACCACUUGUCAAAGGAGAAAUCAUGUUUGGCAGAUCCCUUCUGUUGAAACAUGAACUGCUGGUCUUCAGAGAGGAAGAGAGAGAAAAGCUAGCAGUAAUUGUAAUAGGGAUCUCGUUAUGAACUUCAGAGCUCUGUCAACUUCUUCUUGCUGUGAUAAAACUCUGUGAACCCAGCCCAGGAGCCCUGGGCUUCAGAAGAGGUUUCUGUGUCCUGAUGUGUCUGAGCCUUUGUGUCAGGGGCUGCCCAUGGGAGGAAUGAAGCAAUGGGAGAGCAAAGCAAACACAAAGCUGCACUCCACAGUGUGGCUCUUCCUGAAGGUUCAAACCACUUUCAGUUGCUCAUGAGGAAAAACAGCAGUAGCCCUUCUGGAUGUGGAAUAAAUACACUGUUGUGUUUUGUUUCUGUUCAUAGUUAAUCCUCAAACAGCCUGCUUUUCUGUUCUUGUCAAGUGCAAGUUUAUGCUGACUUAUUUCCCUUUUAACCCAGAAGGUAUUUCUGAAUGUACUGAAAAUAUGUUGUCAUCCAUUUCUAUUUUCUAUGUGCCUUGCAAAAGCCUGUGCUGUGGAACAUCAGGGUUACUCCUGGCCAGGGUGGGCAGCAGGAUGGAGCUGUGGGACACCUGGUGCAGGUACAGCUGCUCAUCCUCUGCAUCCUGGCCAUGGAAACACUUCCAUGGGUGUUACACUGGGUUUGGGCUUCAGUUGGUUUUGUUUAACCCAGUUUGAUUUGGCUGUUUGUUUCAAUAGAAACACUAAUUUAGUAUCUCCAAUGUGAAUCUGUGGCCCUUAUUCCCAUGCCUCUGAAAAACUGAAAAAAUGAAAUUUCCACUUUUAAAUUUGUGUUUGUGGAUAGUUUCUCCAGAAUAUAGUAUAUAAUUGUGACAUGUUCCAAUUUAAAGGUAGGUUUUUGUCUAUUUUGCAUAGAAUAUAUUCUUUGAGUUCCGUGUAGUGAUUCUGAUAAUUUUUAGUCUCCAAUUUUAUGAAAUAUUUCCACUGUUUGUGUUUUUCUGUAAUGUCCAUCAUUGUGUCUUAGAAGGCUCUUAAUUUGCCAGAGCUGAAUGAACUCUGUUUUAAUUUAUUGGUGUAGACUCCAGUUCCUGUCCUGGCAGAGGGGAUGCUCAGGUUUCAGGUGCAUGAGCAGAAAUGAGCAGGAGCCCUCCUGCCAUGGUGCAGUGCUGUGAGCUGAGGCUCUGCCCUGGGCAUGGAGUCUCAUUUCUCUUCCUCAUCUCACUGUUAAGUUUUAGCUUUUUUCAGUCUGAACACUCCAGACUUUUGGGUUCUUUUGCAUCACCAGAUUACUUUCACUCAGUUCUGUUUCUGCACAGAUUUGGCCCAGGGCACAGUUUUUAUUCCAGCCUAGUUUUAACCCAGAUUAUUUGGGAAGCUGGAGAUUUGGAGAACUUGUGGGUGUUUUUCUUCCUGCCUGUGCCUGCUCUGGGGACACUGCCUGGGGUUCAGGUGGUGUGUGACAGUUCCUUCCAAAGGCUGAAGUGAAAGUUGCACCCUUAAACUGUGUAACUGUGACUCCUGUGGGGACUUCACUUCUUGUUUGCCUCUUGCAGCUAACACAGCCCCAGGCAGGAGCUCCUUAGGGGCAAAAUUCUUCUGGAAGGAAUCCAUCUUCAUGCUGCUUUCUGCCUACUGUGAGUUGUGCUGAGAUGGUGUAGAAAGAGAACCUUAAAAUAGCCAUGUUCAUGGAUGGACUGAGUUAACUGUAUGGUUUGUUUGUGGUCCUUUCCUAGACUUGGUAAAUAUUUAUUUCUGUUUGCUUUUUAUGUUCUGUGAGCUCUAUUUCUGCCACUCCUUCCUUAAGCUGCCAUUAGUGUAUCCUUUAUUUAGUCUAAUAUUAACCAGUUUGAGGCAUUAUUUGGUGAGAAGGGCUAUUUAAUAUCUUUGUCAGCCAGGAGUGCUGGACAUGGCACUGUGCUUUGCCAAGUUAGUGUGUGUGGACUGGCAAAACACAGACAGCCCUUAAUACAUUCAAUUGUCCCUAUUUAGAAAGGUAUUUUUAAUAGUGUUCCUGCUUUCACAGGAGAGUGGCUGGAUGGGUUUUAAAUUACUGUGUGGCUUGCUGUGUCCCUCCUUCAUCUAAGGUUCUUCUGUUGUGCUCCCUGAUUUCACAGUCAGCCUUGUAGGACACUCUAUAAUUAUCUAACCCAAGAUGUUCAGCAUCUGGAAUAUGUAGCAAGUAUGCUGUGGGUAAUUAAUGCUAAAUAACUUUAAAGGUUGAGGUUUGUACAGAUCUGAUUUCUGUUAAUUGAUACAAAUAUUUUUUCUUUGUGUUUUUGCUACACUUGCCUAAAGUUGUUUGGAUGCAGCGCCCUUGAGCUUGGUUUGACAAAGCCACUGUCCUGAUCUCCUGAGUUAAUUCAUUCUGGGAUAUUAGAAUUAUUUCCUCCCAAUGAAGCUUUAGUAACACCUAUGGAUCCCAGAUGACUUCCUUCCAAGUGACAUUAGCUUUUGCUUGGAAUCUUCCUUACCCCAAGGCCACUGCCUGUCCCAGAGCUGCAUGUGGGCUUCCUUCCCACCAGUCCCAGCAGCACCUGGGGAUGCAGAGCAGCAGGGUAAACUUUGGCACAAUAUCACAGCAGCCUGAUGCAAUUAAGCUGGUUUCAUUUGAAUCCCCUAUUUUCAGGGGUUUUCAGUUUAGACAAAAUCAUUUACUGAAAGCUGAAAUGUGGCCUGUUAGUUCUCCACUGGGAAGUAUGCUUCUGUUUAAUAAUAUUUUUAUGAGAUUGUAUUUAUGGAAAUGGAAAGAAAAAUGUCAUAAAGCUAGUUUUGUUGCACUUUUCUAAGGCUUUUGUAUUUUGCAUAGUUCUAGAAGAUGAGGAAGUUGCUUGGGGAAGUCAAGGCUUGGAACCCCAGCGCAGGAAUGUGUGAUGUGCAUUUUCACCUAGUGAUCCAUGUAUGAUUUUAAUUGCAUGUAGCUGAUGUAUUUAUGUGGCGGUGAGGGAGCCCAGCAGACAUUUCCUGCUGCACAGGAGCCAUUGGCAGUCCCAGUUCCACAGUUCAUCAACUGACCUGUUCUGUGGACUGCACUUGCAAUAAUGGAAUUGUCCAUUUUUGAUUCUGAGCUCUUUCAACAAAUGAGGAAAAAGGGGCUCCUUUUUUUUUUUCUUUUUUUUUUAAUUUUUUUUUUUUUAUUCCAUUGUUGAAAUUUCUCUGGAGGCUUUUAAUGGUUUCCAAUUAUUGCAUUUGUUCAUUUUAGGAUGGUUACUUGGAAAUCAGUUCAUCGAGGAGGGCACAAAUACAUGUAUCAUUCUCAAGUAAUUAAUCCUUGUAACUUACAACAUUUCAGUUUGAUAGAAACGUUUGGUUUUAUGUGUAUUGUAAGGUUAAUUUUUCUGUCUAUAAGUAGCACUUUUAUAUGUAUCUGAAGGGUUUUUUUGAACAGAAAUGUGUUUUUUCUGUAUAUUCUCUAAUGGGAAGAAAGUAUACACUACUAAACAAGGCAUAGAGUAGUUUGCCUCCAGACUGUAAGUUCACUUUAGGUCAGUAAUGAUCAGGAGUUGUUCAGAGUAUCUGAAGUUAAUCAGUGAUCCCAUUUCCUGCUGGACAACUGCCCUGAUCAAACCCAGAAGGGCAUUAAUUGGUACCCUCCUCCUCCUGGAGGGUGCUUCCUGUUCAGGUGUGAGGCAGAACUGGCAGAAGUGUGAGGAAUUUUGGACUUGGUGGAAAAACAGAAUUUAUUGAUGCCUCAGUCUGACUUCACAGCACUAUACUGGAUAAGGACUAACCUUGUUUGAGAUGACACUGCAGCCAGUAAUGGUAUCUCCUAAAUAGCUAAUUUGAAGCUCACUUUCCAUGGCCUUUAAAGAUGAUCUAAAACCCAGUGAUUCUAAAACCUCUUCUCAUCCUUCCAGCUUUUCUGAUUUGUAUUGGUUUUACUCUUCCCUGGAACACAGCUGCUGUGUGUCAGUCUGUGGAUGGGUUUAGAAAUUCCUCCAGACAAAUGCAAGUACUUUGCUUUUUUUUCCAGAGCCCUUUUGAAUAGUUUACACAUAUCUUACAUAGAGAGAGGCUUUGCAUCCAUGUACAGAUGUACCCACAUGUGUAAAUGUGUGUGCAGAUAGGUGCUCCUGCAGGUUCUGAUAACAUGGAACGUGUUUCAACAAGUGCUUAUGUCUUGAAUACUUAGGCUGGUGUAUUAGUGUAGAUAUUUAAAUGGCAAGGAGUUAAAAACACGUUGUUUGCUUCUGGUUGGAGCUGAGAAAUGCAGCUCUGAGGAAAAUCUGAGUGUUCCAAUUGUAUUUGUGGUUUGAAAGACACAAGUUGGCCACGAUUGGAACAUGAGAAGUCAGCAAGCCUGUGUUAAGCUAAACCUUUUGGAGGACCCAAUAUGCUUUCAGUUUGCAAGGACCACUAGAGACCUGGGCAUUUUACUUUCUCCAUGAUGUAUUCUGUAUGAGUAUUUAGUAUGUAUGCCUUCAAUUUGCCAAUGUCGCCAUGUUUUCUUCUUAAUUAUUCAUGAAAUAAAGGUUGCAAAUAGGA